AUGGAACAAAAAUUCAUGGCUGAAUUGCGUAAAAAAGAAGAUCAGUUGAAGGAAAUGUCCACCAAAAAAACUGGCAGUCCCCAACAAAGAUCCAUGGUCAAGAGAAUCAAACAAAAAUCAAGAAAACAAGCACAUGACCCAGAUUUUGAAUACCAACCAAUGACCAAACCCAAAGAAGAUGCAACAAACAAGACACAAACUGCUGCUGAUGUACCCAAACCAACACAGGGUACCAAUGAAGAAAAACAGAAGAAGAAUGACAACAAAACAGAGGGUGCUCAUGAAGCAAAACAACAGCAGAAAGAAAAGAUGCAAGAACAUAUUGGCCAAGAGAAACCAGUUGCUGCUGAAACAAACCCAAAAGAGCAUGCCAAUCAAAAGAAGACAAAUCUUCAAGUCAUUGAUGCCUUCUCAGAAAAGCUAUUGGCACUCCAACCAACCAUUGAAGAAUUUGAGAAAAACGAUCUAGUCUUUGCAAGCAAUCCAUAUGCAGGAAGAUCUUACGUUUUCUCAACACUCAUCAAUACUCCACUACAAAACCAAGAUCAAGCACUGAGAGAAAAACUGAUGGACAGCCAUUUUCCAGAAGCAAUGAAAAACAGAUAUAUCCAUUUCCCAAUCAACCACGACAACCAUUGGACAAUUGUGGUCUUUGACAAUGCUGAUGGAAUAUGGAGACACUAUGACUCGUUGAGACCAGCAAAAGAUUGCCAUAACAAGCACUUUGAAAUUGCAAAGCAAAUUCAACAACAUCAACUGAGAUGGAAUAAAGCAUUACUCAGCAAACAGGGAAACAUGUUUUCAUCUCAAGAGUGCGAGACAGAAAUUGCAUCAAUUGAGGAAUGCCCACAACAAACCCCACACUCGAAUGAUUGUGCAAUUGCCGUCUGCAAUGUUAUCAACCAAUAUCUCAACUGGCAACCUGUGCAGAAAAACUUCGUCCAACUGAGUGGGUCAAAUUUCGAGCACAAAUCAUCAAUCAAUUCCUCAAUGAUGAGAACCGAUCUUGGAAACUCGAGCACUACCAAAUGUUGA